UUGCAAUACACUAUCGGUGCUAUAGGACACCUGGAGGCUGACGCAUACGCUUGUGUCACCGGAAAACCAAUUCAGUUCGGCGGAAUCCAUGGUCGCACGGCUGCUACCGGACAGGGCGUAUGGAAUGGCCUGAACGUCUUCCUGCACGACGAGGAGUACAUGAAAUCCGUUGGCUUGCCUCUAGGCUUCAAGGGCAAGACGUUCAUCGUACAGGGGUUCGGCAACGUAGGCACAUUCACAGCGAAGUUUCUGCAUGAGUCUGGCAGCAAGUGCAUAGGCAUCGUGGAAAUCGACGGUUCCAUCUACAACCCCAAAGAUGGCAUCGACCCUGAAGACGUUAUCAAGUACAAGGAAGCGAAGGGUACGAUCGUUGGCUAUCCAAAAGCGGAAGCGUACAAAGACGCGGAAGCACUUAUGUACGAGGAAUGCGACAUUCUGGUGCCUGCUGCGUGCGAGAAGUCGAUUCGUUCCGACAACGCUGGAAAAAUCAAGGCAAAAGUCAUUGCUGAAGCUGCCAAUGGCCCAACGACGCCUGCUGCAGAUAAGAUUCUGCAGAAGAACAACAUUUUGCUCAUUCCGGAUCUAUUCGUCAAUGCCGGAGGAGUUACGGUAUCCUAUUUCGAAUGGCUCAAGAACUUGAACCAUGUCAGCUACGGCCGAUUGACUAGCAAGUACGAUUGGGACACCAACCACAUGUUGUUAGAAAGCAUUCAACAAUCCUUGGAAAAAACUCUGUCAAAGGAAGCCGGUAAAGUACUGAUUCAGGCGACAGAAGAGUAUGCCAAACGCAUGUCAGUAUGUAUCUCUUUGUACUUUAUUUGUCAUGGCCCAUUUUACACGCUUGUUUCAAGGGUGCCGCGAAUCAUCAAGACUGCGGCGAAAUACAACUUGGGCAAUGACCUGAGAACCGCAGCGUACGCGAAUGCUGUUGAAAAGAUCGCUGAUACCUACAUCGGUGCCGGUCUCACUUUCCACUAAGC